AGAAGACCCGAAUAAAUGAGUCACAACCACAACUCCCACAUCAAUAACAGUUGAGUCAAGAUGGCGGCUGAGGGCGAGUACGAGUCGAUCCUGUGCGUUAAACCCGAUGUCAACGUUUAUCGCAUCCCGCCGCGAGCUUCAAACCGCGCAUACAGGGCUGCUGACUGGAAGCUGGAUGCUCCAGACUGGUCUGGUCGAAUGAGGAUCACAGCCAAGGGCAAAGUGGCCUACAUCAAACUGGAGGAUAAAGUAUCAGGUGAGUUGUUUGCCCAGGCUCCAGUUAAGGAGUACCCCGGCGUUGCAGUGGAAACGGUCAGCGACUCCAGCCGAUAUUUUGUUCUGCGGAUACAAGACGACAACGGUCGUAGUGCUUUCAUCGGCGUUGGCUUUGGGGACCGAGGGGACGCCUUCGAUUUUAACGUGGCUUUGCAGGACCAUUUCAAAUGGGUGAAACAGGAGAAUGAAAUCAGUAAAAGCGCCCAGCUCGGGGAUUCAGGACCUAAACUGGACUUGGGCUUUAAAGAGGGACAGACCAUCACACUCAACAUAGGGCAAGGUAAAAAGAGGGAUAAGCCCCGCCCACAAAGCUCAGGUGGGUUUGGGCUCCUCCCACCACCACCUGGAGGCAAGAUAGCCCCUCCUCCUUCAUCAGGCUCAUCCAAUCACAACAUAGUGCCUCAGACAGGAGGCACAGCAACAGGCUGCCUGUUGGAGCUGGACAGCAGUAACUCUAACACUGUGGUUCAGUCAAACCCUAGCUCAGAUCUUUGGGGAGACUUCUCUGCUCCUGCAAGCUCUGUUCCACCUCCGUCUCGACCACAGAACACCGCAAACUGGAUCCAGUUUUGAGUCAUCUGCGGUCACGUCGGCUGUGAUUUCCAUCUCACCUGCAUCUGUGUCCGUAGCUUCCUGUGCAUCACACUGAGAGUAACUCCCACACACUGAUCCCAAAGCAGAGGCGUGAAACACCACAGAGCUGUAGAAACAAAUUCAUAACAUCAUUUCACUCAAAAAGGGUCAUAGUUCUUUCAAAUAUUCCUGACAGGAAAUGAAGCAUUAAUGUGUUAAAGCCAUUACAUGAUAUGAGCCAUUUCUGAUAAUAUUUAAGGGCUAUGUGUGACGUCCUGAGCAGCAGGUGUUCCUCUGUUAUGUGUCUGCAUCGCCUCCCCAGUAGAUGGCUCUCUGAACUGAGCUUUAGCUUUGAUCUGAAAUGUUUUUGCCACAGCAACAGCUCUCCCUGCAGGCACUGCAGAGUACUACAUCUCAAGAAAAGUCACCAGCUGCUUUCUGUAACCUGCUGUGGAUCAAGUGCAAAUCAUCCAAUGAGGCCAUUUUUCUCUAAUGUUCCACAAUUGGCACUUAAAUUUUACUUUUGUAAAUCAACCUUCUUAUUGCUUAAUGAUUACAGCAGUGGUCUGUCUUAAUUGUUUCAGUAUGAAUCCUAAAAUACAGUUUGAAACAUUACGCUCUUUUACCUCUUUUGCACGGGUAUGUCCACUAAGAAAAGGAAGAUUUUUAGACUGAACACGGGAUGAAAUGACUCGCUCAUUCCCAUCCUCUCACUGUGAACUGUGGAGUCCUCAGGCUGGAGGAAACUUAUCAAUCUAAAUCAAAUGUCUCAUAAUUUCUGUAUUUAAAAUGGCUAUGGUUGGGCUUAAGGUGUGAUUUGAUUACAUCCUGAUAAGUGGAUUUAAAGCUUCAGAUUAGAUUCUCUUUAUCGGAUAUAAAAACCUGUCUACAUAUUUAUCACCACAAGAAUCAGGAACUAUCAACUGUACAGUAUUUUACUGUGUUUCUAGAAUCACUGAGCUCACAUGAAAGUGAGGUGACAUAUGGUAGACAAAAUGUAAUACAUUUAUAGAAAUAUAUGGGAUAAAAUUAACAUUCCUCCUGGCAUAUAAAAUCUAUAAAUAUCUGUUUACAAUGUAAAAUCAUUUUUGUGUUUACUACUGGGUGCUUAUUAUCAGCAGGUUUAUUUUGUUGCAACACUGGAAUCAGUAGCCAAAUGCAGACAUGCAUUCUUUACUUUCAUUUAUUUACAUUUUACAGUCUUUUACCACAUUAUUAAAGGAGCUAUUUGUACGUUUUUGCUAUCACUACAUAGCUAACGUUAGCAUUAACAGCUGUUUACUCACCAGUCUAGAAGAAACAUUGUGAGCUCAGCAUCAAACUCCAGGGGUGGAAAACAGUGCCAAUUCUUUUCUUCUACUGAAGUUAGCAUGCUAACCAGUUAGCCCCGGCCUGGCUGGCCUGUCUCAUCAGUUUCCAAUAGCGACUCACUGUAGCAUCCAGGCUGCUCUAAAGAAAUAGCACUGCUCGUAGGUCAUAUUUUAAACUCUUGCAUUGUAAAUGCAGUGAUGGCUGAAGCUCCAUCCAUCACCACCACCCACACCUGGGCAGAGAAAACUUACAAAUAGGCGCUUUCAGGAACUGAAUAAGCUAAGAAUUUAAAUCAUAUCUGCUGAAUUUAGCAGUGGAUGUUUGUCUGCUGGCAGUAAAUUAAAUCUACUUAAAUACUCAGUGGCCUUCUUUACCCCAGUCAGUUUUUUGACCUUCUGUGAAAACAGCAUCUCAGCCUAAUUAACUUGACAAUUUCUAAAAUUCUGUUAAUAAAUAAUGUAAUAAAUAAAUGAGGUGAAUCAGAGCAGGAGGACUCCUUAACAGAAAGACCUACUUUGCCUUGAAAAGCAGUAACAUUCCUCUAAUGUGAGGGAAACUCUUUGGUGGAGGGUCAGCAGGUAAAUCUCAGCUUCACUUUCUGCAUUAAAUGUUAAUAUCACCCAGAUUUAAAGCUGAAUGUUAAGAUAAUUGUGUUGCUGCACCUGCUUUACCUCCCAAACAUUCCUCCACGUACACACAGUUUUAUGUUAGAGGAAAAUGGAGACUUAAGCAUCUCAUUGUACUUGAUGUUUACAGCAGUCAGUGCACUGACAGAUUUAUUUUCUGCUACACAGUGGAAGGAGUGUGAUUGCUACAGAAGUGCACAUGCAUUCAGUUUACCUGCUUUUUCAUGUUUGUUAAACAACUGUGAGAUUUUUUUAAGAGGCCAAAUGUUUAGGGAAAGCAAACGCAACCCUGUGCUGAAGUCAGUGCUAAAUACUGUGUGUUUUAUAGAGAUAAAGAUAAAUCUUAAUAGACAAUGCAGGAAUUAUAGAUGCAGAAGCUGUUCAACAUGAGUCCCACACAGUACUGACAGAGGAUUUGGACAAUCUGAGGAAAUAUUUGGAACUUAAAAGAGUAGUAUGACAUUUUGGGAUUUUUUUUUUUUUUUUUUUUUUUUUUUUUUUGCUGAGAGUUAGAUGAGAAGAUAGUGACAUUCUACCCAUAUAAAUGAACCUAAAUGACGUGGCUUAUUUCAGUGAAAACAAAAAUGCUCUUUUCCUGAACCCACAUGCACUGUUAGAGAUAUGAACAAACCAGUCUCAGGACUGAAGGCGAGAAAAACUACAUCUAAUGAUUGUUACUUCAUCUGAUGAAUGUCUUCAUGGCAGCAAAUGAUAUGUUAAUCUAAGGCUUUGGCUGAUUGUGUUUUGUGUUUACAUGACUUUGACUUAUGAACUGUCGUAAACAUUUGACUGUGAAUUCAUUUUGUUUGCAUAGAUUUUUAAGGUUUGCUGUGAUUAAAUCACAUGAACUGUAUUUAAUUGGCAUUAAGAUAUAGGGCUGACUGACACAAUAUGUUGAUAUGUAUGUUGUGUUUACAUUGCUCAUAUUGCUGGCUAAGAUAUAAAAAGUGUCUCCCAUUUCUCACGCAUUCCACUUUGGCUGUAAAAUCACUGGACUAACACUUUUGAUUUAUGACCAAUUUAAUGAGAAAGAGGCAAUAAAUCCUUUCAAAGGA